GCUAGAAACUUGUUCCUUUCAUUCCCUUGCAAUGCACGCAACUAGCACGAUCAAGUAAUGAAGACGUGACAAUCUUGCAGUUCGUUCGCGGGGAAUUGUGCUUACGUGACGAUAAAUUGGUCCGUUUGAUUACCUCGUGCAUGUGGGGCCGACAGUGCCGGUGAACGUGACAUUUGCAGCUGAACAUUGAACAGUUUACGUAUAGUGCAGUGCACCCCGCGAUACAUGUGGCUUAAAUGAAAAAGGAGUGGUUCCGUUAUUCGCGUGUACGAAAAUGAGAAAGAAGAUCGAGCAGGAUACAAAAAACACAGAGAAACAAACGGACUUUACAGAUGUGGAAUCGAAGCUGCGAACGCUCCUCAAAGAUGGAGCAAGCACUUUCAUGGACUUUGAAUGGCUACAACCAGAAUUACCGUGGUUCUUCGACGAAGAAAAGUUUCGCCUCGGACAGCAGAUGUUUUAUAACAACGCUUUCACCAUGAUGAUUGCCAAACUAUGUGGAUUAUUAUCUUUAUUCGCUGUACCGUCGAUCAAGGACGUUUUAAUAUUCACCAGACGGAGUGGUACACCGUGUGCUGCCUUUCGCAGAUACGUAUCCACCAUUCUACAUAAUUGGGUUUGGUAUGGAAAAAGAGCUGGCAUAGAAAAAGAAUUUCUCGAAUCGCUGAAAAUCGUACGGAAAAAACACUGCGUAGCGUUUCGAAGAAGUUCAGAGGCGGGGCUGAACAGAGUCUCGCAACUGGAUAUGGCAUUGGCUCAAUUUGGAUUCAUGGGUUUCACCCUCCUGGCUGGUGACUAUCUUGGGGUGAAUAACAGUUCCGAGGAACUGGAAGGACUGAUUCACUUCUGGCGAGUUAUUGGCAACAUGCUGGGCAUGGAAGACAAGUACAAUCUUUGCACCGGAAGCGUGGAAGAGACACGGGCUCUUUGCAGACGACUUCUGGACGAGGUUUUCCUCCCCUCACUCGCCAGUGGUAGCAAAGAUUUCGAAGAGAUGAGUCGUAUUUUAAUAGAAUCCCUAUGGCCGGUGAAUCCUUAUAUGGAUUCGAGUGCUUUCAUUGAAUUCACAUUCAUUCUAGCCUCCACUGCCGCCACGAAUAAUAAUCACUCGUUAAAAAUAGAUUCAUCAAGGAUGUCGUGGUACGGUAGAUUUAUCUUGAAUGUUCAACUAAUUACACACAAAUACCUAUUACCAAAUACGUAUUGGUGGUCCAGAUUCUUCAGGGCGUUCUUCAACAGCCAAAUGCGGUUGGCCAUCUAUUUAACGGAAAAUUUACCGUUUCUGGCGUUCUGGAGUUAUGGUAUAAAACACUCUUACGUCAAUAUAUACAAAUAUCGCGUCAUCUGACCUUAAAUGUGAUAAUUGUCUUAUAAAAUAAUCAAAGAGUAACAAUUACCUUUUUCGUCGAAAGUGUACAUAAUCUGACGUAAAAUGAUUCUGCAAACGUAUAAUGUAUUCUUAAUAACUUAUAAUCAUUGCAGUAUAUGUAUUUAGGAUAUGCUUUGCAGUAUUUUUAGACUCGUAACAUGUUCGCAAGCUCUACUGCGAUUCUUGGAUUUUUAUGUUUUCGUUUUAUUCUUUUUUUUUUUAACAAACAAUAAGAUUUUGAAAAUCUUGAGAGAAAUUAUAGUAGAUAACGAAGAUAUUACUUCCCUGUAAUUUAAGAAAUUUGUUAGUAACAAGAAACAGAGUCGUGUCUAAUAUGAACCAAAAUAUCUAACAGUUAAGGUCAAUUUAAGUCAAAGCUCAAUUUAGAAAAUAAGCGAUAUAUAAUAAUAAGAUUAAAUAGCGCUGUGUAAUUCUUUCGGUACCUGCAAAGAAAAGAUUUAUUACGUUUAUUAUAUGUAUACUUAAAAAGUAGUUCUUAUGACUGUAUUUAUAAUUUGAUAACUUUAUAUUAACUACUCAAUGUAAAUAUAGAUACAGUAAGCUACAAGUUAAAAUUAAAGGAACGCUAUCUGUCUUUA